AUGGAGAAGAGAGAUAUUGGUAAGCACUUGGUUGUGAACAAGAAUUCCAUCGCAGAACCAUUAGUGUUUGAUACACAAUGGGAAAACGAUGGCGCAACAAACAGCGAAGACAGAAACUUCGAGGCAUUCGGAGACUUGGCUGAUAAUCACGAUCAAAAAUUGUAUCAGUUCCAUAAACUGACGGCCUGGGAAGAACGUUGUCUUGAGUUCUUCAGCGAAGUUGCAUUACCUUUGCGCCCGAAACGACUACUAAGUUUUCCUGUCAUAAGCAACGACAUGAAUGGGGAAAAGAGUUACGUAAUCGAAAGUUUGGGCUCAUUUUCGUCCACCGCAGGGUGCGUGAACUAUGAAACGGAAUAUAGUGCAACAAUGAAUGGUACAAUUGAGGAGAGGAACAAUUUACUUUCACAGACAAAGUUUAAAAAUCAGCAGAGUGAGGAGAAGAAGUCAAAGCCAACAAGGACAUCAGCUUUACCGCCUCUGGUAGAAGGUAAAUACAGUAACUGUCCUUCGACAGAGAUUGGACAGUAUUCUGUUGGAGAAUUUUCAGGGAGGAAGAAGGAGUUUGAUGUCCCAGCCCUAGUCUUAUCUCAGGCGGAAGAUGAGUUCAAAGAUAAAGCGAGUUUAAAACUUCCUAAGAUAGAAUCAGCUGCUCGUCUGGAAUCUGGUCAUCUUCAUAUACCGGCAUUAUCUGCGCCAGAAACGCCUAACAGACUGGCUGUCCCCGGCUUCAUUGAACCUUUCAAGUCAUUCAGAUCUCCUGUACUACCGCUGUUAGAAGAUAAGAACUCAAGAAUGGGUUCCUUUCGGUUACCGCUUUUAGGAACACGAGAUGCUGUGUCAAGAAUAUGUGAUAAGAAUGAAAAAGAACCCAACACAAAGAAUCUCUCGUCUUAAAUUGGGUUCUGACCGAUUGGUAGAAACACGCUUUUUAAAUUGCAAACCAUCAAUGUAACCGAAUCUGGUAAUUGUAAAUAGCUCGCCGAAGAUCUUGAUUUGAAAUUGCCAUAAUGGGGGGGGGGGGGGGGCUUUGGUUCUGGACCAGUCUGCGAAGUAUGGCAGAUGCACGCACGAAUUCUUUUUAAAACGUUGAUGGUAGAAUCGUUGCAUUGCAAGGGCGUGAGAUCUUGUCGCGUUCUGCCUAAUAACUCUGCAGGCUGGGUUACGUUUUAGGGUUAAAUUCGGGACAGGUGAAAAAUAACAAACGCAUAACUAGCCGCAGCUAAAAGCAGGAAUAUAACUUCUAACAAUGGUUUUUCGUUCACAACACAAUUUCUUCGUCCCGUCUUUCGCCUUUCGUCUUAUUAUUUCUUCUUUUGAGAGUCCGCUUUGACAAAAAAAAAAUCUGCAAUCUAUUUGUUAUCAUUUUCAAUUUGUAGGCUAGUUAUCAUCACAUUCAUUGUGUAAUUAGUUUAAAAGAUAUAUCAGUAAAAAAAAAUAUACCACAGCCACAUUAAGCGUAAAGUUUUCGUAGUCUAUAGUUGAAGUAAAUAAAACUGGCUGCUCCAAUGCUCUUUCCACUGUUGUCGGGUCUGAAAGAGUUUUCAGGUUCAAGCCAGAGAGGAUAAUAUUCACAGAAGCCUGGUUUUGCACAUACUGUGUUCGCAGAAGACUUUUCAUCUCUCAAGCCAGCAAAACAUUAACAUUUUUAAACAGUCGAAUUUGUUCAUUCCAUUGCCGGACUUCAAUUUUGCAAACAUUCAGGUGGGUUUAAUUUGAAUAGGUUUGCUAGAAUUUGAAAAUAGCUUACCGGCCUAAUCAUUUCCAGUUCCCAUCUAUGGAGAAGCUCCAUCUUUCUGUAAAUAAACCCCACAAAACUCAUGAUUCUUCUAAUUGCUCUGACAAAAGGCUGCCGCUCAAAAUGUCAGCUUUACAAACUCUCUUUGGUGGCCAGUUUUCAUUAUCAACUCAGCUGACAAAACCAAAUUACCUUGUUACACCCCACACCAACCCAGCACCGCCGUAUUCGUUCCAAGCUUUCUUCAGAAUAACAAACACGGCAUCCCGCUAAUAACAUGAACCUUCGAAGAAGCGGCUAAGCUUAAAACACUUCAUCAUCAAAGAAAAUCAGAGAUUUCAGAUCAUUCCUUAAAAAAAUACUGCACCAAACGCACGGUGAAAUGGCGAAAAGUUUGUAAUACGUCACGAAAAUUCUUGCACGUGAUUAGCUGAUGAAAGUGACUACCGUUCCCAUACUUCGAGGAAAAACUGAAAGCCUCGUGAUGUAAGGGCAAAGAAUCUGUUGAUUUUGAUUAGUUGGAAAAUUCAUUGAAGAAAAUAUCUUGAAAAGGCAUAAAAGUGGGGGUAGCAAAAAGGGAGGGGAAAUCCAAAUCUCUGUUCUUGAAUACAAGUUUCGGGAAAAUAUUGAGGCUUUCACGAACUGAAAGAAAAACUUCACGGGUCUCGUAUAUUUCAGGAGGUAUGUCACGCCUCACGCUGGUUCAUGAAUUUGAGAAUCGCGCUUGCCUUCUGUAAAAUUCACGCUUCAUAUAUUGAUUUUGGCCUUAGUCAUGCUUCACGUAUAAUUCCUUUGUCACCCGCAAAAGCAUAUUACAAGGUGGCUGUAGAUCAAGCAGAAUUUGUUACGUGAAUAUGGCGAUCCUCUUUUUUUUCACCGUUUAUUGUCGUCUGACCGACCCAAAUUUUUGGCAUUUUCCAAAAAAAAAAAAAAAAAAAAAAAGUAACGACGUUGUUAGACUAUUUUUCACUUUAAAUGAUUCUUUUAAUCUGAAGGACGAGCAUAGUAACAGCAUAGAGAAAAACAGGAACAAAAACUGGGACAUUUUUUUACAGUAUAUUGUGCGUUUUGUCAAUCCAAGUACGUAAAUACUUACUUUUUAACGCCGCAAUGUUUGAUAUAUCCAGGACUUCCUUUUCAAGCAGUUACUGGAAAGUGAGGGAUGCUGGUAUGUCGCAUAGGAGUUUUGGUGGUUGAUCCUUUUCCCACGUUGUCCUAAUUUUACAAUAAUAUCAACUAACGUUCCCGCCUUAUCGAUUCUGGGUUAUGUCUCCGGGCUCCACAGCAAUAAUGCUGGGGUACCAGGCUUCCUAUCCAGAGAAUUCCUGUGAAUUGUUUUUUUUUUUAGGUUUCCUUUUUCAAUCCGACCGACCGACCCAAUAUCAGGAAACGCAUUCAACGCUGGACGGAAAAAAAGCGAAUGGCCCAUAAAGGAUAAAAAGCGAAAAAAGGGAGAUAUUGGCCAGAUGCGGACCGGGGGAACUGCGUGCGAGGCUAGCCCCAGCCCGCACUCGCCCAAAAACAAUAACCUGUCCGUGCGAUUUUACUCUCUCAAUAUUGAUUCUGACUGAGGCAAAGAGUAAAACAUAUCGUUUUGCAGGAAUACUUCCCACCGGCGUUUCCCUAUGUUAUAGGUUACCCGUGAGAUUAAACAGCACCCACCCGGGACGUAUUCCGCCUAGCCGGAGAUUAACCAGGAUUCGUGCACGUUUCGUGCGCGCAAUGGACUUAACAAGUUUCUCGAGACGACGAGUCGUGUUAAUUAAUCCCCUUGGAAGAUAAUCCGAGAAACGAAAAGUGCCUUUUUACUAAAAAAAAACCAAGUGAAAUACAAAAACGUCCCACUUUUGAUUUCACUAUCGGUUUUCUUACAACAGUCUUCUCAGGUCAACUCACGACGGAGUCGAAAGCAACGUGCAAAUUAAACGAAGGCUCUUCGCUUAAUUCGGGAAUAAGUUUUGAACUAAUAAGAAGUGACAAAUGUACAAAACACCUUUAAAAAGAAUCUUUUUAUUCUUGGCUUUUAAUGUUUACAUGCCGUAAUUAGGAAGGUAAUACCAUGUCUAUUGAAUAGACUAUUAUUCUCGGGAUUAAGAUAUUUAACUGUUCAGCCAAGCCAUCAUCUUUUGUUUUAUGAGUUUUAUUAUGUGAAGCAUUGAAGAUUAAGUGAAAGUAUCCGUUGAACUUAAAAUUUUUAUGUGUUAAACCUUCUAAAACCCUGAUGUCGUGUAGACAGAUUAACUUCAUUGUUGUAUGGAAAUUUUUCCAAUGAAGAUAAUUUUCCUUCAUUCGCUGACCUUUUUAUCACUACGCAGCCGUAUAAGUCUCACGUCAAAUAAUUGUGCUGGAGUGUUAGUAGACAAGAUAAGCAUCAGAUUUAUAGCCAACGGUAAAAGGUGGACUUCUCAUUGUCUGCUUUCUGUUGUUUGCGUAUAAAAACGGGAUUAUUUUUGUGGCUGUGAGCGAUAGAUUCUUAGCUACUUUUUCUUCAGGGCUGAUUUGAGAAUUAUCCUGAGAAGCUCACUGUUUGCCUUAGAUGCCUUGCUUAACUCUUUAUCUCCCGUGAAUUACCAAGAGAGAAUUUCUGCUUACAACAUCAACACAAAAUCAAGCUGACAAGUGAAGUCCAUUGAAGGGAAUAACUAAAAACAUAAGUUAGUGGAUUAUCGGUUGAUAAAAUACCAAAUUCUCUGAAGUAGUGCCUUGAUAAUUGUAUGGCAGACAGAAAGGAGAAUUUUAUUCUCUUAUUGAUAUUUUUCUUUUUUCUCAUCACUUGUCUGCUUGAUAUUGUAUUUAUAUUGUGAGGAGAAAUUCUGUCUUGGUCACUCAUGGGUUGCUUCGAUGAUAACAAUACUCGUUGCAGAUCAGCAACCCGCUGAAACAGGUAAAUUGGAUUACUGGAUUUAUAUUUCAUCUGCAUUGACUGGUUUUUACUCAAAAUUCACUGUGAAAACUUAAACUUUGCCGACGCUUUCUUCUCCGCUUUUUCGUCUAAAAGCCGAGAAAUGAAAGAAGGAAAAAUUGAAAGAAUUAAAAAGGCAGCAAUUACCCAAAAAGAGAACAAAAAAAUUAAUCAGUAUCUCAUUUUUUCUUGUUAAGAUACGUGGGAAAAGACUUCUUAUUGCUUUUUGUAAAGACUUGUCAAUAAUGUGCUGAACUCAUUUUCUAUUAAAAAAUUCUAUUCAGUGUUUGAAAAUUGCAUCAUCCCUUCAGUUCACCGAUUUCUAUAAAUAAGCUUGUAGAUUCAAAAAUCAACUUUUUUCCUUUUUACGGACGGAAAGAACGUGUUUUGCCAAGAGAAAAUAGGGGAAGAAGAGUAAACGGUGUCCCACCAUUUUUUUCUUGAUUUUGCACAACGUCAAGACCGAUGGAAGCUUUGUCAGACUCUCGCCUAAACUUUGGCACAUUGCAGUCAUAGUUCGUCUCAAAAGCAAAAAUAUCAUAGCCCUUAGCAUAGGCGCUGACGGGAUUGCGUGGAAGCAGGUAUUUAGUUGUGACGUUACCAACUGACACAAAUGCUGCCUAACUGCGUCAUUCAGAACAGUAACGGAAUAUGCGAGAAACAGCUUUCAAUUGCCCUAUGCUGUUUAAAAGGCCAAAAACGGGUUAGAUAAAUAACAAACGUUUCUGGAGCAUAACUACAUAUCCUAAUGAGUGUUUUUUUUCCUCGGGUAUUCGAGUAAAAGAAUAAUGUUUUCAGUAACGAGAUAUUGCAAACAUGCGCUUUGCUUUGUUAGUUUUAUCAGAAUUCAUAAUUCACUGCAUUUCCAUGGAAACUCGGACACACUGUUGCGGUUUAUCUUUACUUUCGAAUUUAAAUUGCAUUUUAACAAAAUUUGAAUUUGCUUCCAACCGUCUUUCAUUUGAAGCAAAUUAAAAAUUAAACGUAACACAGUUAAUUGUAUUCGGAAAUUCGCGGUUGCUUCAAUCAAUUCGCGGAUUGUUGCGGUUGCCCGAACAAGUUAAAAGCUUUAAUAAAGGAAGCCGUAUAGCAGUUAACAGCUUUGAAGGAAGCAAAAUUCCUUGAUAUUGCCUUUUGUCACGUCCAGGAAUAAAUAUCCGAAUUUUUGAUGAGUUCAUUGUAAAUAAAUUUAUAUUCUUUAAUUUAUCUUUGCCUUAUCUGUUUGGGGCUUAGAAUUAUCUAGAGCUUUUGAUGUAUGAAUGAAAAGUUUAUAUAUUUAAUAUCAGCAUGGAUGGCAUAUUUGUUCUGUAUUCUGACGCAUGUAUGGUGUUUUUCGAAGCACCCAUUUCCAUACUUGACAAUACGAUCAAAGACCUGUCACUCAUCCUCUCCAGAUGAAAAUUAAAAUUAACAAGUCAGUUCUAAGAGGAUACAGACCCAGUUUUGUCACCGCAAUAAGCAAAAUUCUCAGGAAAUGACCACCACGGCCAUUGAGAGAGAAGCAAAUCUUCGAGCUCAAAAGAAAAAGAUUCUGCAGCGGUUGAAACAUUCAUCUGCCACAACUGAAAUUACAGACGGUAGUGUGGUAUCAGCCGGUAAAGAUACACCUAGUUUAUUUGAUCAAGAGGAGCUACUGAAUUUAAGACGUCACCAUCGUAUUGGAAAAGGAGAAGAUACUAAAGUCGCGUGCCGGGAGAAGGUGAAUGAAAAUUUAAAAAGCCGGUUGCCUACCGUUUACAAGACUUGUAGGGAAGUUGAUAAAUCCAAGCCGAGUAAAAUCCCUAGAUAUGUCCAGGGAAAUAAGAGUAUUUUUUCAUCGAGGACACGACGACAAUAUUCCGAAGAAGCAGCUGAAGUUUGUGACAGGGAAGAAGCGGAAAAGGAAACGAUAGACAUCUCGAUUGUUGUUGAUACUACAGAACCAGAACAAUCCACCCCUCAUCGCCGUCGGCGCCUUCGCAAUAUCAUCGGAAAAAGACCGAAAUAA